CAUCAAUUUAUUGCUAUUCUGACCGCCCUCCGACACUAUGGAGUCACAGACCCCUCUUCAUCACCCCGGUGCUAUUUUCCAACUUCCAGGUGGGACUCCACGGGAAAUCGUUGUCAAAGCGAAGGAGUUAUGUAUCAGCAAUGAUAUUCAACGGUUUCGAGAGCUCCUCGAUUCGGCACCUUCUGAAGCGGAGCAUUUCACCAUAACCGAUUUCGGGGUAGUUAUGUGCCAGGCUGUUGAACAGGACCGUGUGCCCUUCAUACAAGCGCUUCUGGAUCGAGGAUUCCCCUUAGACCCAUGCUAUGCCCGGAUAGCAACCAGACACCAAUCCAAAAAGACGCUAGCUCUUUGGAUGGAGAACGGAUGGGAUAUCAAUGCGCCAAUGUGUGGCACCGAACCGUCUGUUUUAGGUAUUGCAGUGAAUGAUGAAUCGAUGGCUGUCUGGUUACUUGAUAACGGCGCUGAUCCCAAUAAACGAACGUUCAUGGAUGUUACUCCACUUUCAUGGGCUGUUGAAUGGGGUUCUAUUUCAGUCAUAAAAGCCAUGCUUGAUCGUACCACAGACAUUCAUGCCGGCCAGGUGCUUCAUCAUGCAGCCAGACGAGCUUCAGAUACUAUCCAGGUUUUGGAAAUGCUAAUUGAAAAAGGCGCACCUCUCAACACUCCUAUGUACCAGGACUCAAAUACUGUGUCAAUGCAGUGUUUUAUGUCGUUAGGCACCCCUUUGCACACGGCAGCUGAGCUUGGCAACUUGGAUGUGGUUCGCCUUCUGCUGAGCAAAGGAGCCGAUCCGACAGUGAAAGAUUACCAAGGGAAGACGGUUAUCGAGCUAGCACGAAGGAUGAACCGGUUGGAAGUUGUCGAGGUUUUGGAGAAGGACAAAAAGAAGGAGAAGCAGAAAGAGGAGAAAGAGAAGGAGGGUGAGGAGAAGGGGGAAUAAGUUGUAUACUCCAUUGAUUGCGCUUUGUGCGCCGGACUUCCUGCUUCAUGCAUUGUUUUUUCUUUUUUUGGUUGACAUAGCCCUUUUUCAGUCAUCUUGGAAUCUGAGUGAUCACUAUGAGUAAAAGCGAGAUUGAAAUCAUCUAUGAAUGCGGU